GCGCGCGGCACCCCUGCCGCCGGCUUCCCUCCCGGUCGGCUCAACAGCGCGGUGGGACUCGACCUCGGACCGGAAGACGUGAGCGACUACGACCCAAACGUCCUCAGCGACCCCCAGUGGCCUUGCGGGAAGCACAAGCGGGUGCUGAUCUUUGCCUCUUACAUGACCACCGUCAUCGAAUACGUCAAACCCUCCGAUCUGAAGAAAGACAUGAACGAGACAUUCAAGGAGAAGUUUCCACACAUCAAACUCACCCUGAGUAAGAUCCGCAGUCUGAAGCGAGAGAUGCGGUCGGUGGGCGAGGAUUGCGGCCUGCAGCCCGCCACCAUCGCCAUGGCCUUCGUCUACUUUGAGAAGUUGGUGUUGGAAGGGCGACUCAACAAGCACAACAGGAAGUUGGUGUCGGCCGCCUGCAUCCUAUUGGCCGCCAAGAUCAGCAGCGAUCUAAGGAAACAGGAGGUCAUACAUCUCAUCGAUAAGCUGGAGGAGCGCUUCAGGAUCGGCAGACGGGAGCUGAUCAGCUUUGAGUUCACCAUCCUGGUGGCCCUGGAGAUGGCCCUCUACCUCCCGGAAAGCAAAGUCAUGCCACAUUACAGGCGGCUGGUGCAGCAGCAGUUGUAGCUCGCCGCGCUUCC